AUGCCUCGUCCGGCGGCGAAACGAGCCCGAGCCACACGCAGCAAUCAACCUCCUGCACAAACGACCAAAGCAACGACGAGGGGAAGACCCAAGCAAAAGAUCUCUGGAGGACAGUCCGAAGAGUGUACCACAAGCACAAAGUCAGCGCCGAAAUCUAGAGUCACCUCUAGGAAAGAUACUAAUAGUUCGGACCUGGAGGGGCGAAGCGAUGAACUACAAGAUGAGAGCUUGGGGUUGGUGCAGAGAGAGCGGGAACGGGACUCAUUUGGUAGCCAAACUCCCGUCAGAGACCGCCAGCAGGAAAAUGCUCCUUUAUCUGGUGGCGUUGGUAUGGGGACGUCGUUGAGAUUGCAAGGAUUCCCGGGUAGCGCGAGAAGGGAUAUGAAUCCACGGGGGCACACGCCUGCCUUCGAGAGCUCAAUAUUAAGCGCAUUCCGACCGCGUCCAAGGCAGCCGAGUAUAUUACAACUUGUGGGGGAUGACUCCUUGGACCUUGGAUCAUCCGAAUUUGGCUCUGAUGACCUGUUAGGCAGCUUUGACCCUGAGGACGUGUCUACACCGCUUCCAGCAAAGAGGAGAAAGUCACUAAACCAGGCUGAUAUCACUCCCACAGUUACCAAGAAGACACCAAAAUUACCACAGGUGUUUGUUGAAGUCCCCAUACGGCAUGAUCUUGUCUCAGAUAAGAGAAUAUCGGAUGAGCCGCCUGCUCUUGUGCAAACUUUGGGUGAACAACACGCUGAUGAAGCGCCAGAAGAGCCAGAGGAUAUCGACGAUCCUCAAGAGCAGGAACCUGCCCUCGAUGAAGUUCAGUCCGAGAUACCUGUGGCUGUAGAUGAGGAUGGCAAGGACGAUGAUUGUUCAUCUGUUGGAUCUGUGGACUCUCUACCCCCCAUGAAUUUCGCCAUAGAAACACCACCACAACGCAGGCGGCAGACAACCACUCUGGCACCGCCAGAAAGUAGUGUAGGAUCUAUUACACCUCCUGCUUCGACUCCAGAGAGUUCUGCAAACCAGAAACCAAGCCCUCCGCCUUCGAAGCCUACCCAUUUGUCUACGACCUCGCUGCAAGAUGCCUUACUUCCACGACGGCGUCAACGAGGUAAAGGCCAACCUAAUAAGAGGAGCAAGCGUUCUCGUGCUGGAGGUAAGGACUAUGUGCUCUCAGCUUCAGGUUCAGAGGAUGAGCUCAACUAUACCGGAGGGCAACAAGACGACACAUCCGCAGGCCGGCAGAGGAACACAAAGCGAUCACAGCAGAACCAAGCCCGAUUCAAGCUACGAGAAAAGCCUCAGAAUACAUCGCAGCCCAAGAGAGGACGCGGUAAAGCUGCUACGGUAUCUUCUCAACCAAGGAAGAGUUCAACGCCGAAGAAGACCUAUUCCCGCCUCAGUACGACGGGCGGCGAUGCAGACUGGGAUAAGGAGAACCAGCUCGACGAGGAGGCUGGGACAUCACCAGAGCGAGAGAUAGUAGCUCCUGUUAUGAGCGAGGAGUUGCUGCUCCAGAAGAAGAAGUUUGCUGAGAUCGAUGAAUGGUCCAUCGACUUUGAAGAGGUCCUUGACGACGACGGCGAGGCGUACUAG